GUGUGUAUAACAACUUGCGAACGCCGCUUUUGAAAAAGGGAAAAAAUCAAAAUGUAUUUCAAAUUUAUCACCGAAAAUUGUUUAAUAAAUUCAAUCGAAACUGUGUGAUUAUGCAAAAAUAUCCCGUUUAAUUGAUCAACCACCAAUUACCGAAUAAUUUUCCACAUAUUGGAAAUGUUUAACAAGAAAUGUGAUUAAGAGUUUAAAAUACAGUGUGACACUUCAUAAAUUUUGUUUGGCGAUUUUUUUGGAAUUGUCAGAGUUAGUCAUAUAUCGUUUUUGAAUUUUCUGAACGUUUAGAUUUCGGCAAUAACGUUUUUCUGUUCCGAUCCAUUUCGGCAAUGUUAGGUAUAAAUUCAUCCAGCGAGUGAAUAUUAUCCACUACUAAACAUUGAAGUGUCUACCCUGCGGUUCAAAUAAAUGAUGUGAUGAUAAAAAAAAAUAUUUCAAUGAACACAUAUAAAACGAUAAUAUGCGAGAAGCUACGGUUCGGAACCGAUUGCCACAGUGAAUUGGACGAUUCUAUUUGACUGAAAAAAGGGGUUUUAUUUUCCGUAAACUUUCUCUCUCAAUUUCUGGCAUUGCAAUUAAAGUGACCGGACGCUAUUCUAGUUAAUCGAAUUCGCGGAUGGAUCAGGAUUUGCAUGGUGUUAAUUUGAUGAAAAUCGGUUAAAGAUAUCAAAAUGUUUAAUUGACACUUCAAAAGUGGGUUUCUGUUUAAUACAAAAUGGAUUCGACCAAACAACCGCGCGCCAUAUUGCCAAGUAUUGUAAAGACUAGUCUUGUUCUGCAGCUGACCGGAGAGGGACGUGUUAUAGAAAUGAGUGAAUUUUCUGUGCAUAAAAAAAGUGUUUUAAAAAUUAUCCUAACCGUGUGCUUAAUCAAAGUGAUUGAAUUGUGUUCGAUCCAUUGAAAAGAAAAGAAAACUAAAAAUCUGUGCUCCGCAUAAACUGCAAGAGAAAAAGAGAAAUAAUUUCAUCACAUUUAUUUGUUGGGUUUCCAAAUGUUGAACUAAACGAACAAUGAAAAGGAAUAGAGUCGACGAGGUUCAGUUUCGUGCGCGUCCGGCACAUCCAAUUCUAAAUACUCAGCAUGGACCAACUAUACAAUAUCAAAUUUCUGGUGCCACACCAAUCAAAGCCAACGUAUCCGAUUCACCAACAUCGAUUGGUGGCUCAACUCCAACGGUUCAAUAUACCACAUACUAUCCAUACACACAAUCGCCGGUAGCAUCAGGCGGUAAUGUGAAAACCAGCCAAUCGCCAGCUGGUGGUGGAACAGCUAUCCAUGUUGUGAAUGCGGGAGCUGUUAAUGUCACGAAUUCAGUGCGACAUAAAACUACUUUAACGGGUAAUACUACAUCGCCCAUAACGCCAACGGUCGGAACAACGCCCGCAAGUACACCAUCAAACAUUCCAGGUGGACAGAGCGCUGCUGGCCAAGAGAAAUUUCAACGUCUCAAGGUGGAGGAUGCUCUCAGCUACUUGGAUCAAGUCAAAUACAAAUUCGGCAAUCAACCCCAAGUCUACAACGACUUUUUGGACAUUAUGAAGGAAUUUAAGUCGCAAAGUAUAGAUACACCAGGGGUCAUACAAAGGGUAUCGAAUUUGUUCAAGGGUCAUCCAGAAUUAAUCGUUGGCUUCAAUACAUUUCUUCCACCCGGCUAUAAAAUCGAAGUUCAGGCGAACGAUCAGGGCGUCGCCUUCCAAGUAUCCGUUUCUGUGCCAUCACCAUCCGGUGGAAAUAUUCAUUUAACUCAGCCCACAUCACCAAACAAAGGAAGCAGUCAAUUUUCUAUGCAUCAAAUACAGCCAGUCCUUGUGCCGCCAUCUGCUCCACAACAUAUUCACAUACCCAUCCAACAGGCACAACAAUCACCAAUCGCUGCUGUACCGCAAAAUUUCUCGCGUGAUCGUUCGGCAUCGCAAUGCGGUAGCCAACAGCAACAGCAACAACAACAACCACCACCACCGUCGGCUGCAGCGGUAAAUGAUUUGGUUAACAGUCAAGGGCAUGCAUUACACCACAUUUCUCAAGCGCAUCAAACAAUCAUGCAGGCCGAACAAACCGGCAACCAAAAUCAACCGGUCGAAUUCAAUCAUGCCAUAUCCUACGUGAACAAAAUAAAGAUUCGGUUCCAGACGCAGCCGGAGAAGUAUAAACGGUUCUUGGAGAUACUGCACGCUUAUCAAAAGGAACAGAAAAUCAUUAAAGAGUCCAGCGGCAAUCUACAACCAUCCAAGCAACUGACCGAAGCUGAAGUGUACAGCCAAGUGGCAAAAUUGUUCGAUCAACAGGAAGAUUUGCUACGGGAAUUCGGUCAAUUUUUGCCAGAUGCCACCAGUCAUUCAGCCACACAAUUUAUUAGCAAAGGUCAUGCGCAUAGUGACCACAAGAAAGUGUCGGGUGCGUCGAUGGCUCAUCAGCCCAGCAAUAUUAAGCCAUACAAUAAUGCUCAAAACAGUAUGUCCAACCGGCUGGAGCGAAUAGAGUUUCACAAUGAAAAAGAAUUCCAUCGCGACAGCAAAGACAACCGAAACCAUGUUAGCAAUCAAAAGUUCGGCCAUAACAGCCAGGUUGUUAAACGAUCAGCGUCAAACAAUUCAAUGAAUUUGAAUAAUUUUGGCCGUGAACGAGACGGUCCAAUGCCACCGAAACGCCAUAAGCCAAUCAAUCGAGAUGUUACACUAGCUGAAGCAUCGAAAUAUGGCUCAUUGAAUGACUAUGCAUUUUUUGAUAAAGUACGCAAGGCGCUCAGAAACCCAGAGGUAUAUGAGAACUUUCUGCGAUGCUUAACGUUGUACAAUCAAGAGAUUAUUUCCAAAUCUGAAUUGAUUGGCUUGAUCGCACCGUUUUUGGGUAAAUUUCCAGAACUGUAUCGCUGGUUCCAAGAGUUUCUCGGCUCGGCCACUGGUGUCGAAAACGUGCCACUGCAAGCCACACAGCGACAAGACCGUACGGCCGGCGAUUUGGCGCAGGAAAUUGAUUUGAACACAUGCAAAAGACUUGGUGCCAGUUAUUGUGCUCUGCCGAAACAAAGUGAGUCACGGAAAUGCUCGGGACGUAAUGCGCUUGGAAAAGAAGUGCUGAACGACACGUGGGUAUCGUUCCCGACAUGGGCCGAAGAUUCGACAUUUGUUACGUCGAGAAAAACGCAAUACGAGGAAAUAAUCUACCGAUGUGAAGACGAACGCUUCGAAUUGGAUGUUGUGAUAGAAACGAAUAGUGCAACCAUUCGUGUAUUGGAAAAUGUACAGAAACGAUUAUCACGUAUGUCGUCCGAAGAGGUGACUAGAUUUAGAUUGGACGACAACUUGGGCGGUAGCUCGGCGACGAUACAUCAACGGGCUAUAAAACGCAUCUAUGGCGAUAAGGCUUCGGAAGUAAUACAAGGAUUGAAGAAGAAUCCAUUGGCAGCUGUUGGUGUUGUGCUCAAGCGACUUAAGGCAAAGGAGGAAGAAUGGCGAGAAGCUCAAAAGGGUUUCAACAAGCAAUGGCGGGAACAAAACGAGAAGUAUUACUUGAAAUCGCUGGACCAUCAAGGCAUCAAUUUCAAGCAGAACGAUAUUAAGGCAUUACGUUCCAAGAGUCUAUUCAAUGAAAUUGAAACGUUGUACGACGAGCGACACGAACAGAACGAUGAAACGCCAAGCGAACCGAACAGCGGCCCACAUUUGACAUUACCGUACAAAGACAAAACGAUAUUGGAGGAUGCAGCCAAUUUACUCAUACAUCAUGUGAAGCGUCAGACGGGCAUCCAGAAGCAAGAGAAGACGAAAAUCAAGCACAUUCUGCGACAGUUUGUGCCCGAUUUAUUUUUCUCGCCCAGGCAGCAAUUGAGCGACGAUGAACGUGAUGAUGAUGACAAAGACAUGGAUGUCGACAACUCUGACACCGAAACGAAAAUAAAAUCUGAAAAUCCCUCAACCUCAUCAGCCACACUGAAUCGAACGGACGACUAUAAGGAGAAACCUUCCAACCAAUCCACAAUUCUAACAGACGCGUCCAGCAAAUCCAGCAAUACCAGUGAUAGUGGUCCAGUCGGAUCGGCAAGCGAUCGGAUCAAACUUCCCGAAUCAGUUCACAUAGCCUCCACCUCAUCGCUGUCGACAUCAACGCCGUUCUCAUUGAUGUCAACCGCAAACAAUCCGUCGAGCAACGACGCUCAAUCGUGCAAUGUGAAUAAAGUCAGUGUUAGUUCUAGCGGUGGUGUUUUGACAAGCGAAACUGUAAGCAAUGCGUCGGUGGUGAAUACAAUCGGUGAUAGUAGCUUGAACGAUGUGAAUAUUAAACAAGAAAUUAUCGAUCGAGAUUCGCCGAGCCCCAAUUUGCCUUCGUAUGCCGUUAGCAAACAUUCGGAAGAAGCAUACACACUGUUCCUGGCCAAUAACAAUUGGUAUCUGUUCCUGCGACUGCAUGCCAUAUUGUGCGAUCGGUUGCGCACCAUGUACGACAGGGCCAAUGCAUUGGCGGCCGAAGAGGCGAAAUAUCGCAGCAAUCGGCGAGAUAGUACCGCAACGUCGUUGCGAUUGAAACCGAAAUCGGACAUCCAGGUGGAGGACUACUAUCCGACAUUUUUGGAUAUGCUGAAAAAUGUGCUGGACGGAAACAUCGACAUCAAUUCGUACGAGGAUUCGCUACGCGAAAUGUUUGGCAUACACGCGUACGUUGCAUUCACAUUGGAUAGGGUUGUAACGAAUUCGGUGCGACAAUUGCAGCAUUGUGUAACGGAAAGGGGCGCCAUUGAGUGUGUCGAACUGUUCCAUCAGGAGCAGCGUAGAAACAGUGCUGGCGGUUAUUGUAAAACCGCACAUAAACGUGUCGCAGCUGAACUGGCCUAUCAACGACGGGCUGAAUCAAUCUUACAAGAUGAAAAUUGCUUCAAAGUGUACAUUUAUAAAAUCGACUGUAAAGUGACAAUUGAGCUGCUCGACACCGAGUCCGAUGAGACGGAGAAAUGUGUUUCGAAUGCCCAGACAUGGAAUAACUAUGUGGAAUGUUUAACGAAUCCAAUGGCAUCGAUGUCGAACGCAACGCGAACUAGUGACAGCAAUAAUCUGGCCAAGAUUGAAAUUAAAACGGAAAAAUCGGAUGAUGAUGCGGUCAAUCAUGAGGUGUAAUUAAGCAUUACUUAGAUCUAACACAAACACAAAAUCAUUCAUUCCGAAAUAAAAGUGAAUUAGAAUAAAAAUGAACCGAAAUAAAAGCAAAGCAAAAUUUGACAGAGCCGAUGAUUUUAUCAAAUUGUAAAUAAAUGAAUGAGGAGGAACAUUUAAAAACAAAAAUAAUGAAUUGCCAUAUAGACCGCAAGCUCACAUGCAUACCGCUUCCUCAUUAGACCAUGGUUUUAAACCUAUACCUUAUACCUAAUUGUUGCAUUACCUGAUACGAUAAACUUUCUCUACGAUUUUUGGGCACUAGAAGAGCCCUAUCCAGAUUAAACUUAGUGUGUAUCUCGACCGUCACACAUCGUAGAAAAUCUACAUUUAUAUGGCGAAAUGAAGCUAUUGGCGCCAAAUGUAGAACUCAAUUGAAUAAUCAAAUUUUCAUUGGCAGGUCUGGCGUGCCUGACGAGUCAAACGUGACUUGUCAUCCACGACAUGCCGUGUUAAAAAAUAGUGUUUCAAAUGCAUUUUAAGAUCUGAUGGUAGAUACUAGAUAUACACUAGGUCAACCGACGUUUGGUGUUAGAGCACUCCUAGCACUCAAAGAUAAAAGUCGCGGAACAAAUGUUUUUCAUAUCGGGAAAUGUAACAAUUUGGCAUUUGUUUCAAACCAUGGUCUGAGGGACUGAUAUGUGGGUUCUCGGUCUAAUAGAAAUGUUUUGUCUCUAUUUGAUGAAAAAAAAAGAGAAAAUAAAUGAAACGACACAAUCCUUUUCGAUUUCGUUUUUUUAAUAAAUAUAGUAGAUGGAAAGGGACGUUCUAAGUGUUGUUUAUAUAAAAUGAGAAGAAAAAAAAAAUGGAGCAAUUGAAACCGUUUUUUUAUAUUAUGAAACAUUUAAGCACACAAUAUCGAAUAUUGUUUAGAUAAACGUUUUAAAAAUGUCUGUUGGAUUUGUUUGUAAAACGGUAUACUCUUUCAAUUAGUACUUUUCGACAACAACACAGAA